AACAUGCAAGUGAAAAGACUCACGUAGUUGUUGUCAAAAUGCGUGGCGCAAUUUUUAAAGUGUAAUUUUUAAAGUCGAAAUUCUCUGAUUUUUGAAUUUUUCUAGUGCAUUUUAGUUAACUACAGGGUUAGGGAGAAUUAAAAUUAUUUAUUAAAUAGAAAAAAGUGUGAAAAUUUCAUCAUAUAGCGAUAAACUUUCUCCGUCCCGGAAGUCACAUUUGAGGUUAUGUUUGUAAUUCCACAUCACUUUCUGGAGAAAUUUUUGGUGAAUGAUCCGUGAUCGGCGUUCAAUAGCGCACAGCCGUGUACCAGCUUAGAAUUCUGUGUUUACCCGCGUGAUUGUCUAACAAAUAGUAGUGUAAUUAGUUCGAGGAGAGAGGAAAAAACAUGAAUAUUCCAAAUGAGUACAUCUCAAAGACGGAAGAUUUUGCGGAUCAGGUGAUCCGCAAGGGGAAACACAUUCUGCCACCAGUAGCUCGGCUGUGCCUCAUUGCAACAUUCCUGGAAGAUGGGAUUCGCAUGUGGGUGCAGUGGUCAGAGCAACGAGAGUAUAUGAAUAUGAGUUGGGGCUGUGGCUACUUCCUGGCCACGCUUUUCGUACUGGUUAAUUUGGUAGGACAAAUUGGAGGAUGUGUCAUGGUCCUGGCUCGAUUCCGUGUCACAAUUGCCUGUGGAAUCCUCUUCUUCAUCGUCGUCCUUCAGACAAUAGCUUACUCAAUACUGUGGGACCUCCAGUUCUUGCUGCGGAAUUUAGCUCUCAUCGGUGCCCUUUUGCUCGUGGUGGCAGAAUCUCGAGUUGAGGGACGCAGCCUAUUUGCCGGAGUUCCAUCUCUUGGUGAAAAUAAACCCAAGAACUGGAUGCAGCUCGCUGGACGAGUUUUGCUGGCUUUCAUGUUUCUCACCCUGAUUCGUUUUGAAAUAAGUUUCCUGCAGAUCCUUCAGGACAUUGUGGGAUCCAUUCUGAUGGUUUUGGUCACCAUUGGCUACAAGACAAAACUUUCUGCGCUGAUACUCGUGGCUCUGCUGACGUUCCUUAAUCUCUAUCACAAUGCCUGGUGGUCAGUACCGUCCUACAAACCACUCAGGGACUUCCUCAAAUAUGACUUUUUCCAGACCCUCUCUGUUAUUGGAGGCCUGCUCAUGAUUGUAUCUUUAGGACCUGGAGGUGUUUCAAUGGACGAGCACAAAAAGAAAUGGUAAAAUUCCUCAGGCAGCAUGAUUUUAGUAUCCAGGAAAGGAGAUUUUUUUUUAAUUCAUAGACGAUGCCACAGUUACUUUCCCGCCCUCAAGAAAAAAAAAAUAAUAAUUCUAGAGAAAAUUUUCAUAAAACAAAAAAAGACCACAUUCUCUUCGUGAUUGCAACAGGAGUUGUGUUCAAUGUUGUGUAAAUAUUUUUUUCCUCGUCCCCCCAAAAAAAAAAAGAAA